AUGUCGAAUCCUGAGAAAAGAACCGGGCCGGAAAAACGGCCGGAAUCUCUCAGUGAUCAUCUGAGGCAUUCCUUGAGCUUUGAUAAAGACGAGAGGGACAAGCCGGACUUUAGGGAAACCGAUCUGGGUUCCCCGGUUUCGCCGCUCAGGUCUCGUGGCAGUGGCCUAACCGCCACUACCGCCACCACCACCACUACUACCACCACCACCACGAGCAGCAGCUCCAGUUCUUCCGGAUCGGUUUCGGGUCGAAUGGCGCCGCCAGUCCCAGUCAACAAGAAGUCGUCUGAUUCACAUCAUUCCGCCGAGAGUUCUCCCACCGGGGCAAGAGGAGGGGCAGCCGGAGGGUCCAGCAGGCCUAGUCAUCGUAGGACCCACUCCGGUGGGUCCCAGUCUUCUUAUUCCUUCUCCAGCGGCGUUGGCGGUGGGAGCGCCUCCGUCACCUCUCCUCAAGCCCCUGUACAUCUCCCCGCCGGCAAUAUUUGUCCGUUAGGUGGGGUUCUGAGAACCGGCAUGGCCAGUCCUCCGGUUAAGACCGACAUUGUGGGUUCCGGCAGGGGGCAGUAUGGGCACGGGAGUAUAAUGCGGGCCGGUACCUCCAAAUUUCAUGGUAAAACUAAUGCCCCCACACCGCCGACAAAUUCGAGGGGAACCGGAGCCGCCACCGGCCGCGGUGGAAGUGGAUUAUCGAGUAGUGGUAGGGAUGAUCCAGAGGAGUUGAAACAAUUAGGAAAUGACAAUUUUAAAAGGGGUAACUACAGGGAAGCUUUAAAACUAUAUGAUAGGGCCAUUGCAAUUUCACCGUCCAACGCUCCGUACCAUUACAACCGGGCUGCCGCAUUGAUUGGUCUGAAGCGGUUUGGGGAAGCAGUAAGGGAAUGUGAAGAAGCAAUUAGGUUGGAUCCAAGAUAUCUUAAGGCUCACCAACGCUUAGGAUCUUUGCUUCUUAGUUUAGGACAGGUUGAGGAUGCCAGGAAGCACCUUUGUGUGCCAGGGCAGCAGACAGAUGCUGCCGAAUUGCUUAAGUUGCAAGCUGUUGAGAAGCACCUGGCCAAAUGCACUAAUGCCCGGAGAGAUAAUGAUUGGAAUAGUACAUUCAGGGAAGCUGAAGCUGCAAUGGCUGCCGGAGCUGAUAAGUGCCCUCAGCUAAUGGCAUGUCAAGCAGAAGCUCUUUUGAAGCUGCGCAAGCUACAUGAUCCUGAUACUUAUAUAUCAAGCAUUUCCAAUCUUCACACAUUGGACUCUACAAAUUCCCAAUCAAAAUUCUUUGGAAUUAAUUCUGAGGCAUAUUUGUUUCUUGUAAGAGCUAAAAUCGAGCUGGCAAUGGGAAGGUUUGAAAAUGCCAUUACUGCUGCUGAACAAGCCAAUCAGAUUGACGCCCGUAAUGUUGAAGUUUCUGUCUUACUUGGCGUUGUGAAGGCAGUCAGCAAAUCUCGUAAACGUGGCAAUGAUUUAUUCAAGUCUGAGAGGUAUACAGAAGCUUCCUCAGCCUAUGGGGAAGGUCUCAGCCGUGAUCCCUCAAAUUCAGUUCUCUAUUGCAAUAGAGCAGCAUGCUUUGAUAAGCUUUGUCAAUAUGAACGCGCUGUGGAAGACUGCGACCAAGCUCUCCUAUAUCAGCCCAAUUACAUCAAAGCUUUGCUUCGCAGGGCUCGCUCGAAUUGCAAGCUUGAACGUUGGGCUGAAGCUGUGAGAGACUAUGAGGUCGUGAGAAGAACACAUCCCAAUGACAAAGAGAUAGCGGAGUCAUUGUUUCAGGCACAACUAGCACUGAAAAAAUCCCGGGGAGAAGACGUGUCUAAUGCAAAAUUUGGUGGGGAAGUAGAGUUAGUUUCUGGUUUGAAGCAUUUCCGAGCUGAAAUUGCCUCACCUGCUGCUUCUGUAGUCCAUUUUCUAUCAUCAUCAAACAAAGAAUGCCAGCAGAUAUCUCCAGUUUUGGACAAAUUGUGUGCCAAGUAUCCAUCCAUAAAUUUUCUGAAGGUUGAUGCUGAAAAGAACCCUGAAAUUGCCGAUGCUGAAAAUGUGAGGAUUAGACCUACAAUCAAGAUCUAUAAGAAGGGUAACAUGGUGAAGGAAAUAGUAUGUCCUAGUCCUGAGGUUUUGGAGUCAUUUGUGAAGGCUGACAGUAUCUAG